AUGGACUCCGAAGACAAAGAUAAACAAUUGUCCGAUGCUGAACACCACAGCGUGAAGCUAGAUCCGUGGCUCAACACCCGCUACUCGUGGGUGAUCUGUGCCUGUUGUGCUACUAUGAACUUCUGUAUCUGGGGGCUUAAUCUGGGGUUUGCCGUCUACUUCCAGCACUUCCUCCACGACGAUACUUUUCCAGGAGCGACGAAAUUGGACUAUAGUUUUAUUGGCGGUAUUUCCUAUGGAGCUAUGCUUGCGUUUACUCCAUUGACAAACUGGAUUUGGGUACGGCUAGGGAAAUACGGCCUCACUACCAUCAUUUCCGUGGGUACAGUGUGCCAGUUUGCUGCGCUUAUGCUUGCCAGCUGGCUGACUAAGAUCUGGCAGCUAUACUUGACUCAAGGGCUAUUGCUAAACGUGGGACUUAGCUUGAUCCUGAUGGCGUCGCUUACUUUACCCCUGAUGUACUUCUCAAAGGAUAGACGAGGACUACCGUCGCUGAUCUCGGCGGGGACUCUGGGACUCGGUGGGGUAUUGUUUAACCUUAUGUGUGGCCGUAUUGUGGAGAUAAACCUGGUGGGAUGGGCAUUAAGAGCACAGGCGUUUAUCAUUUUAGCUCUCAUGCUAUUCCCCAUAUGCGUAGCCCGUGACCGCCCCGAAAUGAGAGUGUUUCCCAAAGCUAACUUUGGCAUUUAUAAGCUGAUCCCCUUCUACUGGUUGUCGCUCUACACCAUCACCCUGACCUUCGGCUACCUUGUGCUUUUAUACACUCUAGGCCUGUUUGUCACUUCAUUGGGCUACUCUCAGGACCAAGGGUUUCUUGUAUCAGCCCUCGUCAAUCUUGGACUGGUGGUGGGACGGAUCCUUAUAGGGUACUUAUCUGAUUUUCCCAAGACGGGAGUACUAUCCACUACCAUCAUCGCCCACCUGAUAUGCUGUGUGUUAUGUCUUGCGAUGUGGAUCCCUGCCCGGAACUAUGCUACCUGUGUGGCGUUUGCCCUCUUGGUGGGGGCGGUUAUGGGCCUGAUCUUCGGGAUGUUGGCCCCGUCGUGUGCACGUAUCUGGGGUGAUGAAGUGAUGAGAUACUCCUUCAGUAAUCAGUGGGCGCUAUUGGGGAUAUCGGCGGUGUUCUCGCCUCCCAUCGGGACCAGUCUUACCAAGUUUUCUGGUGGCGAAGUGAACCCAAAACUGUUCCAAGAUUGUUCGAUUUGGGUCGGGGUGUGCUAUUUCGUUUCCGUGACAAUGCUUCUAUUGAUUCGCGGUUAUGUUAAAGCCCGUGACGGCUUGAUCCUCAAUAACCCGAAUAAUCCCCAGCCUCAUAUACCGAUGAAGAUGGUGUUUACUCAUAUGUUCACAUUGAGAUAUGACCGGGUUUAA